GUUGGUGGAUACUUACUACCGCCUGCCAUAGUACACGUUAACUGAAGAUGGGAAACGAAAAGAAGGACCCCGGCGGGGUCGGAGUACAGAUCGAGUCACCGUCCCCGGUGCCAUCCAACACCUCGGCCGCAUUUAAUAUGAUCACCAACAUCAAUCUACCCGUGCCAUUGUCACUCGAGGAGAAAAAGUAUCUCCUGGCAGUGGAACGGGGUGACCUGGCAAGCGUCAAGCGAAUCCUCCAGCGGGCCCACCGGCGACGCAACGUGAACGUCAAUUGUGUAGAUUCGUUGGGGAGAGGAGCGCUGACGCUGGCCAUCGAGAAUGAAAAUCUCGAAAUGGUCGAAUUGCUGGUGGUCAUGAACGUCGAGACGAAGGAUGCGCUGCUAUUGGCCAUCAAUGCGGAGUUUGUUGAAGCCGUCGAGCUUCUGCUGGAGCAUGAAGAGCUCAUCCACAAGGAGGGCGAACCCUACGUAAGUCGUACGAAGUUAGCAUGUUCGACCAAAAUGCGGUUGUCUCUCACUUUUGAAAAUCUUUCACAGAGCUGGCAACGAGUGGAUAUCAACACGGCCAUGUUUACACCUGAUGUAACGCCGCUCAUGCUGGCUGCUCAUAAGAACAACUACGAAAUCUUGAAGAUUCUCCUUGACCGUGGUGCAACCCUACCAAUGCCUCACGACGUCAAAUGCGGUUGCGAUGAUUGUAUUCGUCGUUCUUCGGAGGACUCUCUGCGGCAUUCGUUGGCUCGUGUCAAUGAAUACCGAGCCCUAGCAAGUCCGUCGCUGAUCGCGCUUAGCUCGCAAGAUCCUUUACUGACGGCGUUUCAGCUUUCCUGGGAGCUUCGCAAUCUUGCCUUUGCAGAGCAGGAAUGCAAAUCGCAGUACCUCGAGUUACGCCAUCAAUGUCAAAAUUUUGCCGUCGAGCUGCUGGACCAAUCACGUAGCUCUCAAGAGCUGGCUAUCAUCCUAAACUACGAUCCCGAUUCGCCACCCUACAUGGACGGCGAUCACAUGAAGCUUACUCGGCUCGAGCUCGCGAUUGACUACAAGCAGAAGAAGUUUGUGGCUCAUCCAAACAUCCAACAGUUACUGGCGGCUAUGUGGUACGAAGGCGUUCCUGGUUUCCGGCGGAAGUCUGCCUCAGAGAAAAUUUUUAUCAUUGUUCGCACGGCUGUACUUUUCCCGAUCUAUUGCAUGAUGUAUAUGGUUGCUCCGUCCUGUGAAACGUCUAAGUUUAUGCGAAAACCAUUCAUGAAGUUUUUGAUCCAUGCGUCAUCAUAUCUCUUCUUUCUGUUUCUUCUAAUUUUGGUGUCACAACGGGCAGAAGUACAAGUCGUGCUUCUGUUUGGUACCGAGAGUAUGAAGAGAGCACUACAAGAAGAGUUGGCCCGUCAACGAGGCAACGGUCCAACGUAUCUUGAGUGCCUCGUCGUCAUUUACGUCAUGGGCUUCAUAUGGGAAGAAACCCAAGAAAUCUUCAUCGAGGGUAUUCGCAGCUACCUCCGGAACAUGUGGAAUUUCAUCGAUUUUUCACGGAACUUCCUCUACUGUUGCGUGGCGCUACUACGUGUAAUCGCUUACAUUCAACAAACCUCCCAGAUCGCGAAUGAUCCCAGCACAGCGUAUAUCGCCCGUGAACACUGGGAUGACUUUGAUCCACAGCUAAUCGCAGAAGGUCUGUUUGCGGCAGCCAACAUAUUUUCUGCCCUCAAGCUGGUGCAUCUGUUUUCGAUCAAUCCGCAUCUCGGACCACUGCAGAUCUCGUUGGGACGAAUGGUGAUCGAUAUCGUGAAAUUUUUCUUCAUUUAUUCACUCGUGCUCUUUGCCUUCGCUUGCGGUUUGAAUCAGCUGUUAUGGUACUUUGCCGAUCUGGAAAAAUCAAAGUGCUAUAGUCUGAAGGGAGGAUUGCCGGACUGGGACAACCAAGGCGAUGCUUGCAUGAAGUGGAGACGAUUUGGAAAUCUGUUCGAAUCCUCACAAUCUCUCUUUUGGGCCAGUUUCGGUAUGGUAGGACUGGAAAAUUUCGAGCUUCAGGGAAUCAAAUCGUACACGCGUUUCUGGGGCCUGCUUAUGUUUGGUUCGUACAGUGUGAUCAACGUGAUCGUGCUUUUGAACCUGCUUAUCGCUAUGAUGUCCAACUCGUAUGCCAUGAUCGACGAACACUCGGAUACUGAAUGGAAAUUCGCAAGGACGCGUCUCUGGAUGAGCUACUUCGAGGAAAGUUCCACUUUGCCACCGCCAUUCAACAUCUUCCCGAAUAUGAAACACCUGAUGCGUCUCUUCGGCAAAAAGAAGAAGCGCGAUCUAAAGCGUGAAUCUACAAUUCGUCGUAAGGAGGAUAAAGAAAGGGCCGAACGCUAUACCAACGUGAUGCGAGCCCUCGUCUGGCGGUACGUUUCAGCUAUGCAUCGACGUAUGGAACAGGAUGCCGUAACCGAGGAUGACAUCAACGAGGUCAAGACAGAGAUCUCCGCCAUGCGAUACGAGCUCUUAGACAUUUUCGAGAAGAACGGCAUGGAUGUAUCUGCUGUUGACCGCAAGGAGAAGGCUGUCUUGGCUAAGCGAAUGAAGAUCUGGGAACGGCGUCUCAUGAAGGACUUCCACGUUGCACCGGUGGAGAUCGCCGAACAGGAAGAAGAAGAGGAAGAGGAAGAUGCCAAUCCGCUGGCACGCUUCCGACGCGUCGCCAAGAAGGUUGCCAAUAAUACGACCUCCGCCAAAUGGGGACAGGUAAUGACAGGGGUUGGUGUAGAAAUCAACACACAAAUCGGUCGUUGCCGCAACCGGGACAGCUUCCGGCAGCAACAGCAACUCCAGAAGGCCAUGGCGGAAGCUCGUCGUCUGGUGGAACGCAGCCCGCUUCCGCACUCGAGAAGCGCAUCCCCAUCAAUCGAUGGCUAUACCGACGAGACAACGAACACACUGCUGCAUCUGCUAAGCCAGUUGGCCGAGGAUGGUGAUGCAUCACCCGGAAACACACUGAACAUGCAUGAUGCGAAGAGUGGAGCGACAACUCCACUCAACAUGCUCACGGCACAGCUUCAGGCUGCACUAAGCAAAACACCUUCUCCACGCAUGAUGAAAUCGUCUAAAUCGUGCUCUGACGGUGGGUUGAAGUCUCCCGCAGGUACGCUCGGCUCCGUCGGACGGUCUCGAUCUCCAGGAGGCGGUUCUCGGCUCGAAGGAUCCGCCUUAGCGAAAUCGCCGCUAGCUUCCAUCGCUGGCAGCAAAUCACCUUCUCCGGACGGAACUCCGGCCCCGGAGAAGAAGGGUAGUCUCACGGUAAAAUCACCACCACCUCCUUCCAUCAAAUCUCCACCUCCCUGCAAGUCUCUUCCCACAUCCACGGUGCUGUCGCCUCCACCACCAACAGUUCAGUCACCUCCACCUACGAUCCACAUCACUCGCACUGAGUCACAGCUGGUUAAGAAAUCGGAUCUCAAGGACAGUUGCGAGGAAGCGGAAGAGUCCAAAGCUGCUCCACCACUUCCAACCUCUCCGCCGCCGACCGAAUCUUUGAAACAGUCGGUGGUUCACAGUGAUGAUCCUGAGCCACUAGUUUCCGGUGUUAAUUCACCCCCGAAGGUCGUCAAACGCAAAGCUCCAGCUCCCAUGCCUGCGUCGACCGGUGAGGAUAUUUCAGUAGCACGUCCCGUCGCUGUAAAACCGCAGCCUGGUCAAGGCAUGCUUCCUCCACCACCAUCGAAAGAGGAUCUCGCAGCCGGUCCACAACCCUCACCAGCGGUUCCGGCAAUCAUUCCUACAUUUAGUACUACUCCAGCCACUCCUCUUCCUACUCAGAAGGUCUUAGCCACCCAGCCAACACCUUCGCCGGUUGUUGCAAAAUCGAGGGUUACAUCGCCACCACCAACCGUAGCCAGCCCGCCGUUGGUUCCAUUAAUAAAAACCGAGCUAAUGGAAGACCUCGAACCAUCAGCAACUUCAACUUCCAAGGGUUCAUCGUCAAACGGUGCCAAGGAGAGCUUGAUUGUUGGCAGCGGAGAUGCCUCUGCAGACGCAGCCCGAGCAGCCUCUUCGCCACCUUGUUUGCGUCCGUACCGCAAGGUCGAUGACGUAACCACCAUCAAACGGCAGCCCAAGAGUGGUUGGUUGUAAACGGUCAUCGUCAUCGGAUUCGGAGCUAUGAACGGUAAUAUAAUGUUCUAUCAGUUAUUGACCCAAUGUGAUGGUGAAGCCAAUCUAAAACAGAUUCAUGCAAAAAAUGCAUAAGUCAUUGAAGGAAAACAAUUCGUUUGCAUUUCUGUCACGUUUUCAAGCUUACCUUAUCUUUGUUGUAUUUGAUAUUAACAAAAUGAAUAAAAACACAUCUAUUGGACCCCUGCUCCAAGGGCCAACC